UUGAUAAAUAGGCAGCAGCAGGAAGAAGUCGAAACUAAAAAACAACCCCUGUUGGUUUUGCCUCGUGGGCGUUGAGUGUCCUUAUCCGUGACAGUCUUCAGUUCAGUUUUUACUUGCAACAAGGAUGGCAUCAGCAAGAUCAUCGAUUUAUCAAGAUUUGUCUGAGAUUUAUGAUAACGUUAUAAAUAAGGAACAUCCCAGAAAAUUGAUUCCAGAACUGUGCAAGCAAUUCUAUAAUCUUGGAUGGGUCACUGGUACGGGCGGAGGCAUCAGCAUCAAACUUGAUGAUGAAAUCUACAUUGCACCGUCUGGAGUACAGAAGGAACGCAUUCAACCAGAUGACUUGUUCAUCCAGAACAUUGACGGAGAUGACUUACAGCUACCGCCGGAUUACAAAAAGCUGACAAAGAGCCAAUGCACACCAUUAUUCAUGUUAGCGUAUCGUGACAAAAAUGCUGGAGCAGUGAUUCACACUCACAGUCAAGCUGCUGUCAUAGCAACACUUCUGUAAGUAUUGGAUUAAGGCCACAAUCAAUUCUGUAAUACAUAUAAUGAUGGCUGUUGUAAACAUAUAACAUACAGUGGUGGCCAUUUAAAUAAGACAUUUUCAUACAACACCAAUAUUCAUGUUAGCAUAUCGUGACAAAAAUGCUGGAGCAGUGAUUCACACUCACAGUCAAGCUGCUGUAAUAGCAACACUUCUGUAAGUAUUAGGUUCCACGCAAAAUGACGAAUACAUCAGACUCGACCUUCUCCAAUAUAUGCAUAAUUGUUUGAUAUGGGCAAUUAUGGAAAGACUAGAAUCUUUUUUUUUUUGCUAUUUCGCCCUGAACUGCCCUAUACGAUUUAUAAAAGGACUGAAUUCAUGUCAUGUUUUCAGAAUUAUGAAAUCAUUAGAUGUUAUAAUGAUAUUUUUUUAAUAUACAAGUAGAGGUUGCGUUGGACACAUAAAACCCGUAAAUUUAGUUUAAUGAGAGUAGCAAACAGUGAUUAUACCAAUUUUCACUCACUCAGCGAUCAUAAAGUCGAUGAUUGUGACUCUUAAAAAACUAAAUCGACAAAUGCAGGUCACCAGACUAGACGAUACACGCGACGUGAUGCGACAUAUUCAAACAUAACUUCUUAUAAUAAUUAUCAUAAGCUCAUAAGAUACUCAUAAGUCGUAAAGCGAAAUACUUGAAAACUUUUUCAAACAUUUGUUCAUAGACUCUGGGAGAGAAGCUCAAAUUAACAUAAACAUAUUUUGUAGGUGUUGUUUAUUCAAUAUCACAAAUAAUGGUUGGUACACUUAGGAGCGGUGCUGUGUUACGUAGAGAAUGGACAGCAUUAUUGAAAAGCGUUAUAUGCAUCGAUCACGAGUGGAAGUGGGAACGACACGUAUACAUUCAUAUUUUAAGAUAACCAACUGUUGGGAACGAGUGUACCCCAUUAGGCAUAAAUACGUUAGGCAUACGGACGUUAGGCAUACGGACGUUAGGCAUAAUGGACGUUAGGCAUAAAGUCGUUAGGCAUAAUAUACGCUAGGCAUAAUGGACGUUAGGCAUAAAAUACCUUGCUGCUGUGCAACUCUAGAAACCUGCUUAACCUGUAAACCUGUAAACAUUGCUUAAAUUAGGCUUAGCGUUGAAUAAAAAAUGAUACAAGUUAAACAAACAUAGUUUAUUUAAUAAGCACAGUUUGGAAUCCAUUAUUAAUCAUAUCAUAAGUGACGUAUCUUCAUAUUUACUUAGAUCCAUGAUUAGUAGCGAUAGUGGAAAACUCAGCUUAGUUUUGAACUAUAUCUUGAAAUCAAUCGCAUCUAGAAAUAAAAAAAUCACACAUUUGUUGUAAUAUAUUCUUACACACAUAUUGCAAAAGUCAAAGAAGAAAAGGUUUUCCUCAAAGAAUAGCUCAUGAAAUAAAGAAUGGUGAAUUCUGUGAUUUUUCAUUCAAUAACAAAAAAAACAGCCAAGGUUGAAUAAAAUAUGAUGCCAAAGAACAGCUCAUGAAAUCAAGAAUGGUUAAUUCUGUGGUUUUUCAUUCAAUAACAAAAAAACAUACCUGCUGCUUCCAGGAUUUCCUGCCAUACUUUUCGAUACAACAAUUCUGAUUUUGUUGUCAUCAGAAUGAAAACUAGCGGAACCGUCUGCUGAUGUGAGGGAGCGAUACUUCCAUGAACAGUGACGAGUUGCCGAAAUAAACAAGGAACUGUGGCAAACGUACCAUCGGUAACCCAAUACUUUGCCUGUCCAAGACGUCGCAAGUUUUCAUGAGUUCCAAAAAUUAAGGCUCUUUCAUUAUUGUCACCGAAGUCAGCAAUCAAUAGACGGUCUCCAUUAUCAUCCUUCUGGAAUUCAUCCGGUAUAUUAUGCCUAACGUCCAUUAUGCCUAACGUCCUUUAUGCCCAACGUCCAUUAUGCCUAUCGUACAUUAUGCCUAACGUCCGUAUGCCUAACGACCAUAUGCCUAACGUCGUGCACCCGUUGGGAACAUGGACAUCCCGAACGAUCGCUACCAACACCAACACUGCUGAGCUCACUGGUAGCAGAGCUGAACAACACGACAUAUAUGUUCGCAAAGCAAGUCACUGAGGACUACAAAACGUUCGCCUACCGGGUGAACAAACUGUGUGUCGAAUUCGAACUUGGGAAGCUUUCGGAGAACUAGUUCAAAUGCCUCAUGUUCGUCUGCGGGCUGAAAGCGGGAAGCGAUGCGGAGGUCAGAACCAGGUUGCUGAGCAGAAUCGAGGAGCGGAAUGACAUCACGCUGGAGCAGAUUUCGGACGAAUGUCAACGGCUUCUGAACCUCAGGCGAUGAUAGAGGCAGCGUCUUCGUCGACAGCAGUGCAAGCAUUGAAGCGGAAGCAGUUCGGUGGGAAGCAUUCCCGCUCAGGACGUGGAUCACCAGGUUCAAGAUCCCCGAAUCAGCGAGGUGUCGUUCCAGCAACGCCUUGUCGGAACUGUGGCGCCACGCACUAUUCCAAGGACUGCCCCUUCCUCAAAAAUCGGUGUAAGAAAUGUGGUCAGGUGGGCCACAAAGACGGGUAUUGCUCAAGCGCCAAAAAGGUGAAUUCUCCAGGCAAGCGGUACUCGUUCAAGCCGAUGGUAACUAGAAGCGUGCAGGUGAAGAACGUCCGGAAGCGUACACUGAACCAAUAUGACAUAUUCCUGUUAUGUGGAAAUCUCAUAAAUUUGCGCUAUAAAAUAAUCCAUUGAAAAUGAUAUGAUUGAAAAUGUGUCAGGUAAAUUCCAUAUGAAUAUCUGAUACAUUUACAAUGCUGGUAAUUUGGUAACUUUAUAUGAUCGUCAUAUGAUAAAUGAAAAUCGGUCAAAUUAUAAUAAUUAACUGAAAUGGAUUUGAAACCCAUAAGCAUAAGCUUUACUUUUCACCACAAUAUAAUAUAUGUGUCAUAAAUCAAUCGAAGUAAAGUUUAUAAGAUAAUCACAUUUUCUUCUUUUGACACAUACAUUUAAUCGAUUUCUAAAAAUAAAUCGAAAAUAAACAUCAGGCCGUGGGAGUUUUCACAGUUGUCUUUUUUAUUGUAGCUGAUUUGGGAUUCGAUCCAUAACUGUUGAGGUGUGAAUGAUUUCGGUGUCUGCGCUCGAUCCCACUGGGCCACGGCUGAUUUCAAUAUUGAGCUCGUUCAAUUAACAUGAAGUAAGAACAACUCUCCCGACAUGGAAUGUAGUGCAACGUUAUGCUCGUUUUGCUAGAAGGAAGAAAAAUAACACUGACAAAUUUAUACUCCGUUUCGGUGGUUACACGAAUUCAAAUCUUUCUUAAUGCUCCUGUGUGCAAUAAAACAACGACUACAUUAUAUGAGUUCAUGUUACUUGUUCAUGAAGUUCGAGUACUAGUGCUGGAAUCUGUAUUAGCCGUGUAGAAGGCUUACAAUUAGAAUAUUAGCAAAGUAAAUAUUGCAGUAGAAUCAUUUUUUUUUCGAGCUCAAUACAUUCUUUUCCGCAACCCCUUAUCUAAUGAAACAAUAACAAACAAAGAUUAUUCAAUACAGUAUCAUUGUCGUUAGCAAUAUUUAGCUCAACUAAUCAUUUUAAUAAGUGUACGAUAACAUCGUUGAAAAUUGUUUCAAUAAUUUAUGAAGAACAAUCAUGUGUAUUUUAUUGGGAGCGAUAUUCAUCCCGAGGGGCUAUCAACUUGAGUAUUUUCGAUUCGGCUACACGACUUGAAAAGUUGUAUUUUAUAUUUUUUCGUAUUUAUGUAUUUUUAUGUUUUGUGAAUUUUUGUAUUAAAGUGUAUUAAAUUCAUUAUCAAAUGUAUUUUUCGUGAACAAAGUAUUUUCGAGGUAUUUUAGAGUGUUUUUAUUAGGGUAUUUUAGUUUCAGCGUGUACGCAUUUACGUAUUUUUUGUGUAUUUUACGAAGUCUGUAAUUACAAUUCAGCUGAUUAAUGAAGUUGAUCGCCCCUAUUCAUCUCAGAAAACCAUGCCAAAACAAAGGUUUUCUGUUGGAUUUCUUAAAAGGCAAAUCUAUAUGACUAUAUAAUGAUUGGGAUAGAUCUGUUUACAAUCUUUAAACCUCAAAAAUCAAAGGAAGCUAUACAUGUUUUUCUAUACUGCAAACUUAAAUGACUGUCCAAUAGUUUCUACAUGGCUGUUAACACGCGACAUAUCAACAAACGUCAAAAAUCGUUAAAAGCAACUCCAAUAAAAUAUGCAUGAUUAUUAGACUGAGGCAAAAUUUGAAAUUUUCGCCCCAAACGGUUCCAAAUUGGGUCCUGAUUAGCCUCUCAAAAUUUGAACUACUUUAGUAAAAAAAUGACUUGGCACAAACCAUUUCAAGUUUAUAUGGGAAUUACUAUGGGAGAACUUAUGUUUUUGUUGAUAUCUAUCUAACAAUUCACCACAUCAUUAUGCUUUUAAAAAUGAUAGCAGUGAUUGUAGCAAAUUUUCUCGGCUACAUCUUUGUUGAAAACCACUUUUCAAUUAAAUGUAAGGAACAGUAGUUAUUAAUGAUUCAAGUCACUGAUGUCUUAUGAUUAUGCUCAUUCAACUGUUCAGCAGGCAACAUUGGUGUUUCUGGUGCGAAGAACAGAGCACAAAUAUCAUGGCUACUAUGUCACAUUGCAGAAUCCAGUGUUGCCCACAAAACAGCUGCUUGAUCAUGCCAUAAGAUUAUCAAUCUCUUAAACAAUUAAUAACUACUUAAUUUGACAUUUGACUGAAAAACGAUAUUUCGCAAAGUUGUAGCUUAGAAAAUUUUCCGUAAGAAUAGAAAUAGAAAAGCAAUAUGGAAAAUGGGUAGAAGACAAUGAACAAAAAGUUUAGUUUUCCCAUAGUAAUUUCCAUAUAAACUUCGAAUGGUUUGUGCCAAGUCAGUUUUUUACCAAAUGAGAUUAAAUUUUGGGAGGCUAAUCAGGACCUGAUUUGAAACCGUUUGAGCAGUGUGGAGCAAAAAUUUCAAAUUUUGCAUCAGUCUAAUGAUUAUCUUAUAAGAUAUAUCUUUUAGUGAGCAAUAUUCAUCAUGAAAACAGGUAUAUUUUAUAGUGCAAACUUAUAUGAUUUUCCAUUAGUUUCUAGAUGUCUGUUCUCACCCAUGACAUAUCAACAGUUUUUCACCAUGAAAUAUAUCAGACAAUAUUCAAAUACGUCUUACCUAUCGCUAACCACGUACGAAGCAAAGUUUUAUCAAGUACUAAGUAUGUGAAAUUACGAUAGAAAUCAUUCCAUAUCGCAGUCAUAGUUUUUAAGUGAUAAUCCAAUGGAAUCUAUCAAUCAUCACAUAGAAUGAAUAAAUCUGCUGACAUUUCUAUGUUAUAAGAUGGAUCCAAUAAACGGUGCAUGUCGAUUUGUUUCAGUGUAGGAGAUUUGUGAAAGCGGAAGUCAACGGCAGGUAGAUCAGUCUCCAACUCGACACUGCGUCGGAUAUCAGCGUCAUUUCCGAGCAACCAUGGCGGCAUAUAGGAAAACCCACAGCAAUUCCUGCAAAAAUUCAAGCCGCUACUUCAUCGGGCAAACCCUUAAAGCUGGAGUUUCAGUGUUCCUGUGAAGUUGCAAUCAAAGAGGAGAAGCAUCAAGGUCGAUUUUUCGUGGUCAAGCAGCAGCUCAAUCUUCGCUUGGCUGGCGCACUGCAAGGUCUUCAGUCAAAUCGACCUUUCAAAUGCGUUCUUGCAGGUGGAGGUGGAUGAAAGCUGUCGAGAGCUGCUCACCAUCAACACACAUCGAGGUCUCUAUCGGUACAAUCGGCUUCCACCGGGACUUAAGGCAGCACCCGGAGCGUUUCAGUAGCUUGUGGACACAAUGCUCGCUGGACUCAACUGCACUUCGGGGUAUCUCGAUGAUGUUCUGGUCGGCGGAGUCGACGAAGCGGAACAUUGGCGCAACCUUCAAGCCAUCCUUCGUCGUAUUCAGGAGUUCGGAUUCACCAUCAAAGCGGAAAAGUGCUCGUUUGGCCAGCGUCAAAUCAAGUAUCUGGGACACGAGAUGGAGAUGGGCAUCAGGAGUGAUUCUGGAGCGAGUGGGACAGGUGAUGUUCAACGUGUGGGUUGAAGACAGGCGGAUGAUUUGUUCGCACAUCAACCAGCUGAGAAGCCGAACAAACGCCGACAGUAAGUCAACGUCUGGCUCGAUUCCGUCCAAGACAGACAAGCAACAGUUGCCUCUGGACAUCUUACUACGAGCCUGGAACCUGCACAAGCCAACCCAGUCACAACCAACAGGUCCAUCCACAUUACCGAGACCAUCACCGUCACCGGUUGCACAAACGCCAUCAACACUCUAAACGCCGGUUGAACAUUCGACACCACAGCAAGUCUUGUCAUCCACGCCAGCUUCUCCGAGCCUAGUUUGGGUUACUCCGGAAUCGACAACUUCGUCGACAACAGACCUUGCUCAGCCAUCGUCUACGUCCGUAGUCCCAUCGUUCUCUACAACAAGCCAUGUGUCACUUACAUCAGUAGAAACCGAAACAGCUGUCCAGGUAUCUCGCCGCUCUUCACGUCUAUGAAGACCACCGAUUCCCGAGCAAAGUCGGUUGAAAGCAAAAUGAAAGCAAAUCGAUAUUAAAGUUUGCAGUUCCUAUCAUAAUGAAAACUCAUUUUGAUUUCAAUUGUCGCGACAGAAGUCUAAUAUCAUAUUGUGCUUUCAUUAUGCAGUCAAGACUUUUUAAUUCAAAGCAAUUUAACUUGAAGUUCUGCUGUUAAUUUCUUGUUUAAAAUUUGAUUUAUGUUCAUCUGUCCUUGAACUAACGAUUAUUGUUUAUUUGUUUUGUUUAACACAUUUUAGGUCAUUCGUGACUAGCCCGAGGUGACAUUUGAGCUCAAAUCGUUCAGCGUGAGAAGCAUGGAUGCUAACCAAUUUACGACAGGCCCGUAUUCAGUCAAACAUUAUGAAUGCAAAAUCAGUAAUCAAGUUGAUUUCAUUGAGAGCAGAAUUAGUUUUCCGUUUGAUUCAACAGUGUAAUAUUUUGCUCUCAUUUUUGCUGUGUUAACCGUUAAGUCAACCAAAAUGAGAUCAAAUGGAGUCUUCAAAAUAAGUUACAUCUGAACAGCAAAUUCUGAUUUCAAUUUGAUCUCUAACUUUGCUCGGGUUAGGUUCGACCCGUACCAGCUGUAUUAAGAGGGGAGAUGUUGGGAACAUGGACAUCCCUAACGAUCGCUACCAACACCAACACUGCUGAGCUCACUGGUAGCAGCUAAGCUGUCACCCGUAGAUGCACGAACCGGCAUAAGAAAGAAGAACAACACGACAUAUAUUUUCGAGUCCGUCAUCUUGUAUCGUGUGCGCUUCCCGCAAGUCAAUGUAUACUUUUAGUUCGUUUAGCUUAGUUAGUGCGUUCGUAACACCAACAAAAAAUUUUUUGAAAUCUUUUUA